CUUCCAGUAAUGAUGGCGGCAAAAGGGAAUGCCUUUUCUGUGAUGAUGAACUCGCAAAAGAGAAAAUUAGCUGAUGGAGCUGCGAAAACGGCGUCUCAGCCGGCCAAGAAAGGCCACUGGAGCAUGGGUCUUCUCUCCUCCAUGGAAGACCCCGCUCUGAAGGUCGACUCGGACGAUAGAGUAGUCAUUAUCAAGGAUAAAUACCCCAAGGCUCGGUACCACUGGUUAGUGCUACCCAAGGAAAACAUACCCAGUCUGAAGGCUGUGUCUUCAGAACAGUUGGACCUCCUCAAACACAUGCAUAAGAAGGGACAGGAGCUGAUAGACAGAACAGAAGAUGCUAAACAUCUAAUUGAUCUAUCCUUCCGACUGGGCUACCAUGCCAUCCCCAGUAUGAGUCAUUUACACCUCCACGUCAUAAGUCAAGAUUUUGACUCCCCCUGUUUGAAGCAUAAGAAACACUGGAACUCCUUCACAACAGACUACUUCAUAGACUCUGAAGAAGUCAUGGAAGAACUAGAAAAGGACGGGAAAAUAGCAGACAAAGGAUCCAGAAAUGACCGCUUGAAAGAUCCACUAAGAUGCCAUGUGUGUAAGAAGGAACAGGUCAACAUGCCCAAACUCAAGGCACACAUCUUGUCACAUAUUGCUAAACCUGGAGACAAGAAAUGAUGGACAGAUCUUUUGAAUGACACACUUGAUAAUGACAAAGGAACCUUACUUGAUUCAUUCUAGUCGAGAAAGUAGCAAGAAGCAAGAACAUCACUGGAUGACGCCAAUGCUGUUUAUAGAUGUUGUUUGUCAUGUAAAGGAGCUUCUUCAUACAGUCAUAAACUCUUUGCAUGCAAGACGUAUGUACUUGACUUUUAACAUUUGUUGCCAUAAUUUAAGAUUUGUGAUGGAGAAAAAGAAAAAAACGUGAAAGAAAUGUCUUUUUUUCCAGUGUAAAACAAGUGAAUAAACCAGAUACAUGUA